AUGGAAAAGGGAUAUUAUCAGAUUAAAAUUGAUAGUAAUGACACCCAUAAGACUGCUUUUGCAUUACCAAAUGACUUGUAUGAAUUUACAAGAAUACCUUUUGGACUUAAAAAUGCCCCACGUGUUUUUCAACGUGUAAUGCAACAAAUUUUAAAUGUUCUGGAUUUCGUUAAAGUAUACUUAGACGACAUCCUAAUACAUAGUGAAAACAUACACGAUCACAUUCAACAUUGCAAAAUUAUACUUGAAUUACUUAAAAAUCAUAAUGUCAAAAUUAACUUCGAUAAAAGUAAAUUUAUCCAAUAUGAAGUUAAAUACAUCGGGUUUAUUAUUUCUAAUCAAGGAAUAAAAGCUGACAUGGAUAAGAUAGAUAAUAUAAGAAAUCUUCACGAAUCUCAAAAUGUAAAACAACUUCAAAAGUUUCUUGGAUUUGUAAACUGGUUCAGGGACUUUUUACCUGACUUGAGCAAAAUACUUAUACCUUUAACUGAUAAAUUGAAAAAUAAUUCUAAAUCUUUUGAGUGGACAAAAAAAGAUGAAAUCAUCUGUGUUAAAAUAUUUGAUUUAAUAAGUAAGUAA